GUGCUGCUGUGGGUUUCCUUCCCUGGAGGUCCUCAGCUGAUCCCUGCAGGAAUGGCCCCGGGGCUCAGUGCUGCUCCACCAGUUGUGCUUCUGCUCCUGUCCCUGCUGGGUCUGGCUGCUGCUGGGAAGCUCCUGGUGGUGCCAGCAGAUGGGAGCCACUGGCUUAGCAUGCAGGAGGUGGUGGACAUGCUGAGGCAGAAGGGACACGAGGUGGUCGUGGUGGCACCUGAAGUGACUUUGCACAUCAAACCAUCAAAGAACUUUGUGAUGAAAAUGUACCCGGUCCCCUUCACACAGGAAGCGUUGGACAAAGCAUUCCAGGCCUUUUUUCAUAGUUCCUUUGAAGAAGGUUGGAUUUUGAAGAGAUUACUGAAAGGGUACAAGGGUAUGAAAGCCCUCACUGACUGUUGGGUCACCAGCUGUGCGCGGCUGCUGCAGAACAAGGAGCUCAUCAGGUACCUUGAGGAGAGCAAGUUUGAUGCCAUCCUUACAGACCCUGUGGCAACUUGUGGGAUGAUCCUGGCUGAGCAUCUUUCCCUUCCUUCUGUGUAUUUCUUACGAGGAGUCCCGUGUGGGUUAGACUUAGAUGCCAGGCUGUGUCCCAAUCCUCCUUCCUAUGUGCCCAGGGUAUUUACUGACCUUACAGACCACAUGACCUUUCUGCAGCGAGUGAAGAAUCUGCUCUUUGACAUCCCAAAUGGUUUCCUCUGUGAUUUUGCCUUUGGACCCUACUCAAAACUGGCUUCAGAGUUCCUGCAGCGGGAGGUGACUGUGCAGGAUCUCUUCUGGAAGGGCUCUGUUUGGCUCCUGAGGAUGGAAUUUGUGCUAGACUAUCCAAGACCCUUGAUGCCCAACAUCAUUCCAAUUGGUGGAGUAAACUGUGCUCACAAGGAACUGCCUCAGGAAUUCGAAGCCAUGGUGAAUGCCUCUGGAGAACACGGCAUCGUUGUCUUCUCGCUGGGCUCCAUGGUGUCCGAGAUUCCCAUGAAGAAAGCCAUGGAAAUCGCGGAGGCCUUGGGAACAGUCCCUCAGACGGUCUUCUGGCGCUACACAGGCAAGGCACCCCCCAACCUGCCCAAGAACGUGAAGCUCCUCAAGUGGCUGCCUCAGAAUGACCUCCUGGCCCACCCCAAGACUCGUGCCUUCAUCACCCACGGAGGCUCCCACGGAGUUUAUGAGGGAAUCUGCAAUGCAGUGCCCAUGGUGCUGAUGCCUCUCUUUGGGGACCAGAUGGACAAUGCCAAGCGAGUGGAGUCCCGGGGAGCAGGGCUGACCCUCAACAUCCUGGAGAUGACUUCCAGUGACAUCUCCAACGCCCUGAAAGCAGUGAUCAACGACAAAAAGUACAAGGAGAACAUCCAGCGCCUCUCUGACCUGCACCUGGACAGACCCAUCCACCCUCUGGACCUGGCUGUGCACUGGGUGGAGUUUGUGAUGAGGCACAAGGGGGCCCCUCACCUGCGCCCCGCCGCCCAUGACCUCAACUGGGUGCAGUACCACUCGCUGGACGUCAUCGCCUUCCUGGCGGCCGUCACCCUCCUCUCCCUCUUCAUCUCCUUCAAGUGCUGCCUGUGCUGCUGCCGCAGGUUCUGCUGCAAGAAGGGCAGGACGGGCAAGGCCACCAAAGCCAAGUCCCACUAGCACCUGGGAACGGUGGUAGGGGACCGAGCUCCUGCUCCAGACGCAGCAGCGGGGUCAGGGAACAGCUCGAAUUUCACUGCAAUGAGUAAAACACUGUGAUUUUCAGCCAAUGAACGAUAGGGAUCCUUUGAAAUAGCAGCACGAGAAGGGCUGUUCCACUGAUCUAAUUUUGGUCUUUUAAUUAAGAGUGGGUUGUUAAAAAUGCCUUGUGCAGGAGUGCUGCAGUCACUUGGGAAGGUCUGAGUGUGAAAUCCCCGGCCCCUGGCUUCCACCUGUCAGCGUGCAGAGGACUCAGUGACUUUUUCUUUUAACCUCCACCUGCAGCAGAGAUAGGUAGGGAUUUUGGAGGACUUUAGGAGAACCAUCUGGUCAGAUUCCUGUUUGAAAUGUCUGUGUGGCUGCUGUUGUAGGGGAGGCAAAUGUUGUACGCUUGCAAUUCCUGUCAUGCAAACCAAGCUGGAUGCACAUCUUCAUGGCUUUACAAGACCCUGAACAAAACCAAGUGCUGGAAAACCACUGGUGUUUCCCCCAUCAGGCAGAUGUGCUGUAGCUGGAGUUCACCUGUUGGUGAGGAGAUCUUUGUAAGCAUUUCUUAUUAACCCCCACAGCUGAUUUGCUCUCUGUAAGUGAUGCUCAGGGAAAGACCCCAACCCCCAGCCCUAUAAAUAAACCCCAAAUACUAAAAAUAAA